UUUGGAUGAAGCGAUCUAAUUAAGUUGCCAUCAUGAGCAGAAGCAAGCGUGACAACAAUUUCUACAGUGUUGAAAUUGGAGACUCUACUUUCACUGUAUUGAAACGGUAUCAAAACUUAAAACCAAUAGGAUCAGGAGCACAAGGGAUAGUAUGUGCUGCUUAUGAUGCCAUCCUUGAACGAAAUGUUGCAAUCAAGAAGUUAAGCCGACCGUUUCAGAACCAAACCCACGCUAAAAGAGCCUACAGAGAGCUUGUUCUUAUGAAGUGUGUUAAUCACAAAAAUAUAAUCGGCCUACUGAAUGUGUUCACACCACAAAAAUCCCUGGAAGAAUUUCAAGAUGUCUACAUAGUGAUGGAGCUCAUGGAUGCAAAUCUCUGCCAAGUGAUUCAGAUGGAGCUAGACCAUGAACGAAUGUCGUAUCUUCUUUAUCAAAUGCUGUGUGGUAUCAAACAUCUUCAUUCAGCUGGAAUUAUACAUAGGGAUUUAAAGCCCAGUAAUAUAGUAGUAAAGUCAGACUGCACUUUGAAGAUUCUUGACUUUGGACUGGCCAGAACUGCAGGAACUAGUUUUAUGAUGACGCCUUAUGUAGUGACUCGUUACUACAGAGCACCAGAGGUCAUCCUAGGGAUGGGAUACAAAGAAAACGUUGACAUUUGGUCAGUUGGGUGCAUCAUGGGAGAAAUGAUCAAAGGUGGUGUUUUAUUUCCUGGUACAGAUCAUAUUGAUCAGUGGAAUAAAGUUAUAGAGCAGCUAGGAACACCAUGCCCUGAAUUUAUGAAGAAAUUACAGCCUACAGUCCGAACUUAUGUGGAGAACAGACCUAAAUAUGCUGGAUAUAGUUUUGAAAAACUCUUUCCAGAUGUCCUUUUCCCAGCUGACUCUGAACACAAUAAGCUUAAAGCAAGUCAAGCAAGGGAUUUGUUAUCAAAAAUGCUGGUUAUAGAUGCUUCUAAAAGAAUCUCUGUGGAUGAAGCCCUGCAGCACCCAUACAUCAAUGUUUGGUAUGAUCCAUCAGAAGCAGAAGCUCCUCCACCAAAGAUACCAGAUAAGCAGUUAGAUGAGAGGGAGCACACGAUAGAAGAAUGGAAAGAGCUGAUAUACAAGGAAGUCAUGGACCUGGAGGAGAGAACCAAGAAUGGGGUUAUACGUGGACAACCAGCCCCUUUAGGUGCAGCAAUGAUCAAUGGCUCUCAACAUCCAUCUUCAUCGUCAUCUGUCAAUGAUGUGUCUUCAAUGUCAACAGAUCCAACAUUGGCCUCUGAUACAGACAGCAGUCUAGAAACCUCAGCUGGACCUCUGGGUUGCUGUAGAUGACUACUUGGUCUU